CAUCGCCCCCCUCUCAUCGUGCAGUUCUCAUUUUAACCACCAGGUGUCAGAGUUACAUCGCCCCCCUCUCAUCGUGCAGUUCUCAUUUUAACCACCAGGUGUCAGAGUUACAUCGCCCCCCUCUCAUCGUGCAGUUCUCAUUUUAACCACCAGGUGUCAGAGUUUUGCUCCUUUGUUUCUGCAGGUGCUGACAUCACGGUGUCUCAGUCUCUGCUGACUCAGCAGGGAGUCCCCGUCAUCGGACUGUCCAACGGGAAGUCGUACUGCUUCAGCUCCUCGUUGGAGACGUGGACUCUGAUCGCAGACAGAGGAGACUCUCUGGUCCAGUGUGCUGACUUCAGGAGCUGCCUUCCCACCAAUGAGGCGCCCGUGUCCUCGGGGCCGCUCGCCGUCAUGCAGGGACGCAAUCUAAAUGCCGGGCGGCUGGCGUCCCGCCUCUCCUCCACGCCUCACCACCUGCAGCAGAGCAUGACGCUCGCCUUCCUGGAGAACCAGCUGGCGUCCGCUCUGACCUUACAGUCUGCUCAGGAGUAUCGUUACUGGCUGCUCAUCUACGCCCGAUUCCUCGUCAACGAAGGCUCUGAGUUUCGACUCAGAGAGUUGUGUCAGGAGCUUCUGGGUCCUGUCCACAGAUCGGUCUCUACAUCGUGGGAGCCGACCGCUCUGGGUCUGCGUAAGCGGGACUUGCUGCGGGAGGUUUUACCCGUCAUCGGUGAGAACCUGAGAUUCCAGAGACUCUUCACGGAGUACCAGGACCAGCUGGAGCUGCUGCGCAACAAAUAACACACACACACACACACACACACACACACACACACACACACACACACACACACACACACACACACACACACACACACAGGGAAACACAGACUGACACACACACACAGAACGCUGCUCGUCUCUGAAUGUGUUCAAACACGUCCAGGUGUUUUCUGAGAACAAUCAGAGCCGGUCUUCAGCUCACCGGGGGAGAAGUGGGUGCUUCAUUUUUUAAAUUUGGAAUCACAGUUUGUUUUUGAACUCUCGUCUUUUGUCUUUCUUUUUUUUUUUUUCCCUGCUUACCGUGUUGCUCUGACCUUUGACCUCUCUCCUGAACUCCUAAUCAUGAACUUGUAAAGAAUAUCUAAAGAGCGAGGCUGAGAGAGGUCGUGCAGCGUCAGCAGCUGUUCAAUCACUCGCUGAGGGGAGACGCUCGGAGAAGAGACAAAAGAAUCAGAACGGACGGAGAGGAGCGAUAAACCAAAGUGAUGCACGGACGAGGAACCGAGAGACGGGCGUCUACAUGAACGUUCAGUCUGUUUGUCCUGAAUCUGCCGA